AUGUCACUGGCUCCUUUGCAAUGGAAGCCCUAGAGGGAAAAGUGGUUUGAGAUGGUGGAGCCUGAGAUCGCGGUAUAAAGGAGGCGCACAAACAUGAAGACGCUGAUGCGACAUGGGCUGGCUGUGUCUUUAGCGCUCACCACCAUGUGCACUAGCUUGUUGCUCAUGUACGGCAGUAUCGGCGGUGGCGGCGUUAGCAGCCCCACCACCAGCAGCAGCAGCAGCAGCGGAGGCCGGAAAGAGCAAAGCCACCAGCAGCAGGUGGCGGUGACAGCCAGCCAGAAGCCGGAGAACCAGCAGCAACUGGCCAGCACCAGCCAGCGACGCCUACCCGGGUUUCCCGACCGCCCCUUGGAAGGCUACAUCAGCGUCCUGGACCACAAGCCUUUGAAAAUGCGCUGUGCGAGCUGUGCCCUCGUAACAAGCUCUGGCCACCUUUUGCGAAGCCAACAAGGCAACAAGAUUGACCAGACAGAGUGUGUAAUACGAAUGAACGAUGCGCCCACCCGGGGAUUUGGAAAAGAUGUUGGAAACAAGACAAGCUUGCGAGUUAUCGCUCACUCAAGUAUCCAGAGAAUUUUGCGAAAUCGCAAUGAACUGUUAAAUAUGAGCCAAGGGACUGUGUUUAUCUUCUGGGGACCCAGCAUCUACAUGAGGAGAGAUGGAAAAGGAUUAAUUUAUAAUAAUCUGCAGCUGAUGAAUCAGAUACUACCUCAGUUAAAAAUAUACAUGAUAUCCCGGCACAAGAUGCUUCAAUUUGAUGAUCUCUUUAAACGGGAAACGGGAAAAGACAGGAAGAUAUCUAACACUUGGCUUAGCACUGGAUGGUUCACAAUGAGUAUCGCAUUAGAGCUAUGUGACAGGAUAGACGUCUAUGGAAUGGUACCACCAGAUUUCUGCAGGGAUCCUAAUCAUCCUUCAGUACCUUAUCAUUAUUAUGAACCUCUGGGACCUGAUGAAUGUACAAUGUACAUUUCACAUGAACGGGGAAGGAAGGGCAGUCACCAUCGUUUCAUCACAGAGAAGCGUGUGUUUGAGAAUUGGGCCCGGACAUUCAAUAUUCACUUUUUUCAGCCAGACUGGAAACCAGAAUCGCUUCCUCUAAAUCACACCAAGAUUAAACUGGUAUUCUGAGGAACAGACUCACAAGGCUGUAAUCACAAUCACCUCCUACCAGGCUUCAGGGGACUGAACAUCAUAUCACAGCAAGCCAACCUUAAAAAAGAAAGGUUAACAGGGUUUGCGGAUGAAAACUGCUACAAUAUUCAGGAAGUUAUUGCAAAGGAAUACUUUAAAAGGACGUUCGGUAUCUUGAUUGUAUCUUAUUUAACUUAUAUACCGCUCCCAUAGCCAGGGCUCUCUGGGUGGUUUACAGAAAAUACUUAAGCAAAUACUUAAGCAAAUAAUCUUAAGCAAAUACUUUUAACUUCGGUCGAUUGAACUCGCAUAUGUGUAUGUGAUUUGUUAAAAAGAAGAAAAAGAUGAAGAGGCCUAUCGUAUAAUGAGCAUAAUUCAAGAGAUGUUUAAUUCAUUAUGUUUUUAAGGCACAUUGCCACUGGGUUUUCAUAGUGACAUUUAAGAGUUACUUACUUAGUGAAGGUUUUUAAUGCAAUCCAGUAUUUUUCUAUUUCACAAUGAUAUGGUUAUUUAUCUUUCCUAGUCCCUCCAAAACUGAGGAUUUAUAUUGCUGCUGGUUUAAGGCUCAGCUUCUUGUUUAUACAUUUUGUCUUUGAAAUAUAGGGUGACUCUAUCUAGCAUGUAAUUAAUAUUUGAUCUGGAAGUGAUGUAUUUUAUUUUUUAAUUUUUUAUUCUUGGGCUGUGUUCCAGUGUCAAGCCAUUUGACAGCAAGCACAUCCUUAUGUGAAGCUCCAGUGGAAAAUGGUGCCCACAGCUAUAAUAUGUGGUAUCAUGCACAUAAUUAAGAGAAAUAUGGAGGACCAGUUUAGGACUUUCCGUGUCUCAUCUGUUUUUAGUGUUUUGGUAUUCCUAGUAACUCACUGUCCAUAGAGCAGCAGUCUGGCCUUGAGCUGUCCUGGCAGCUCCAUCUGACUGAAAGUUGUCCUAAGGAACAAGGCUUUGGGGUGUUUUCUGCACAUGCAGUCUGAGCAGUUGCUCAGUAUACACACGAGAAUAAGUUCCAUUGAACUCAGUGGGUCUUAGACAUGUAUAGGAUUGCACUGUUAAAAGGGUAAUUGUCCAAGGGUGAGCAGGUCCAUCCCAAGACAUUUUCUUUCUGUCUGGGAUGAAAAACAAGAUUGUACUACCUUCUAUUCCAUGUACAAAAGCCAACUGGACCAGCUGUCUUCAACAAGGAUGAUGAAACAGCAUCCUCCCCUACACCUGAAGGCAGCAGGCUAAUGUAGGGGAGGUCACAUGGUGCACAUGCAUCUCCUCCAACACCUUGGCCACUUCCCAACAUCUGCCACCUGAGGUGACUACUUCACUCUAAUAGUAGGGCUGGCCCUGAGGUUGAAGGAUACGCCAGAUAGACCCACAUGGGGGGGAAUUAGGUGUAGUAGUAAUCAGGCGCAGCUUGACUGCAGCCUUCUUUGGGAAUGGUAGAGUCCAGUUGUAUAUACAGGGUUCACGUGUAAGUAAGUAGCAGUUGAGAGAAGAUCUCCAAAGGCAGUUUAUGCCCUAUGAACCAACACCAUGUAUGUUUUAAGGCAUAGGAAGCAGACCAUAUGGUUCAGUUCUUGAGUCCAAUGAACUAUAUGGCUCUAACAUUUGGUCCUGACUGACACAACGAUAAAAUGUGCUGGUUUUGAGAUGCGCCGCAAAUAUCUAAUUCUUGGAAAUUAGAUUUAAUGGCACUAAUAGUUCUGUAUAUGAAUACUUGCAAAUUACGUUUUUGUGGGAUUAUACCUGACGUGAAUAAAGAGGAUUUU